GGAAGUCCGGUGUUGAUGAUGGCUGUGUUGCUGAAGGGCCUGUAAUUGGGGUCCCUGGCCAGAUGCUGGUCGGCCCUUAAUGUGGUUCUCUUCUCGAGCCCGUCACGGCACACUCAGGGUGAGACUGUCACAGCGACUCCCUGCUCGCCGCCAUGCACGACGCCUUCGAACCGGUGCCGAUCCUAGAAAAGCUGCCUCUGCAGAUCGACUGUUUGGCUGCCUGGGAGGAAUGGCUUCUUGUUGGAACCAAACAAGGACACCUUCUUCUCUAUAGGAUUCGGAAGGACGUUGUGCCAGCAGACGUGGCAGCACCUGAAAGUGGCAGCUGCAACAGGUUUGAAGUGACACUAGAGAAAUCCAAUAAGAACUUCUCCAAAAAGAUUCAGCAGAUCCAUGUGGUUUCCCAGUUUAAGAUUCUAGUCAGCUUGUUAGAAAAUAAUAUUUAUGUCCAUGACCUACUGACAUUUCAACAAAUCACUACGGUUUCAAAGGCGAAGGGAGCGUCUCUGUUCACGUGUGACCUCCAGCACUCAGAGACUGGCGAGGAGGUGUUACGGAUGUGUGUAGCUGUGAAAAAGAAGCUGCAGCUCUAUUUCUGGAAGGACAGGGAGUUUCAUGAAUUGCAGGGGGACUUUAGUGUACCAGAUGUGCCCAAGUCCAUGGCAUGGUGUGAAAAUUCUAUCUGUGUGGGUUUCAAGAGAGACUACUACCUGAUAAGGGUGGAUGGAAAGGGGGCUAUCAAAGAGCUCUUUCCAACAGGAAAACAGUUGGAGCCCUUGGUUGCACCCCUGGCAGACGGAAAAGUGGCCGUGGGCCAGGACGAUCUCACCGUGGUGCUCAACGAGGAGGGGAUCUGCACGCAGAAGUGUGCCCUGAACUGGACGGAUAUACCAGUGGCCAUGGAGCACCAGCCUCCCUACAUCAUUGCAGUGUUGCCGCGAUACGUGGAAAUCCGAACACUCGAGCCGAGGCUUCUGGUCCAGAGCAUUGAAUUGCAAAGGCCCCGUUUCAUCACCUCAGGAGGAUCAAACAUUAUCUAUGUGGCCAGCAAUCACUUUGUUUGGAGACUUAUUCCUGUCCCCAUGGCAACCCAAAUCCAACAGCUGCUCCAGGACAAACAGUUUGAAUUGGCUCUGCAGCUUGCCGAAAUGAAAGAUGAUUCCGACAGCGAAAAGCAACAACAGAUCCAUCAUAUCAAGAACUUGUAUGCCUUCAAUCUCUUCUGCCAGAAGCGUUUUGAUGAGUCCAUGCAGGUCUUCGCUAAGCUUGGCACAGAUCCUACCCACGUGAUGGGCCUGUACCCAGACCUGCUGCCCACAGACUAUAGGAAGCAGCUGCAGUAUCCAAACCCCCUGCCCUCGCUCUCCGCGGCUGAAUUGGAGAAGGCUCACUUAGCUCUGAUUGACUACCUGACACAGAAACGAAGCCAGUUGGUGAAGAAGCUGAAUGACUCUGACCACCAGUCCAGCACGUCCCCGCUCAUGGAGGGCACUCCCACCAUCAAGUCCAAGAAGAAACUGUUGCAAAUCAUCGACACCACCCUGCUCAAGUGCUACCUCCACACAAAUGUGGCCCUGGUCGCCCCGCUGCUGCGCCUGGAGAACAAUCACUGCCACAUCGAAGAGAGUGAGCACGUGCUGAAGAAGGCUCACAAGUACAGUGAGCUGAUAAUCCUGUACGAGAAGAAGGGGCUCCAUGAGAAAGCUCUGCAGGUGCUGGUGGACCAGUCCAAGAAAGCCAACUCCCCUCUGAAAGGCCAUGAGAGGACGGUGCAGUAUCUGCAGCAUCUGGGCACAGAAAACCUGCAUUUGAUCUUCUCCUACUCGGUGUGGGUGCUGAGAGACUUCCCAGAGGAUGGCCUGAAGAUAUUUACCGAAGACCUCCCAGAGGUGGAGUCUCUGCCCCGAGACCGAGUGCUUGGCUUCUUAGUGGAGAAUUUUAAGGGUCUGGCUAUUCCUUAUCUGGAACAUGUCAUCCACGUUUGGGAGGAGACGGGCUCCCGGUUCCACAACUGCCUGAUCCAGCUGUACUGCGAGAAGGUGCAAGGGCUGAUGAAGGCAUACCUCCUGUCCUUUCCCACAGGCAAAGCUCCAGUUCCUGCCGGAGAGGAGGAGGGUGAACUGGGAGAGUAUCGACGGAAGCUCCUUAUGUUCUUGGAAAUUUCCAGCUACUAUGACCCAGGCCGACUCAUCUGCGAUUUUCCUUUUGAUGGCCUCUUAGAAGAGCGCGCUCUCCUGCUGGGACGCAUGGGGAAACACGAGCAGGCUCUCUUCAUCUAUGUCCACAUCCUGAAGGACACGAAGAUGGCCGAGGAGUACUGCCACAAGCAUUAUGACCAGAACAAAGACGGCAACAAAGAUGUGUAUUUGUCCCUGCUCCGGAUGUACCUGUCGCCCCCCAGCGUUCACUGCCUGGGGCCAAUCAAGCUGGAACUGCUGGAGCCUCAAGCCAACCUCCAGGCAGCCCUGCAGGUCCUUGAGCUGCACCACAGCAAACUGGACACCACGAAGGCCCUCAACCUUCUGCCAGCAAACACUCAGAUUAAUGACAUACGCAUCUUCCUGGAAAAAGUCUUAGAGGAAAAUGCGCAGAAGAAACGGUUCAACCAGGUGCUCAAGAACCUUCUCCAUGCUGAGUUCCUGCGGGUCCAGGAAGAGCGGAUUUUACACCAGCAGGUGAAAUGCAUCAUCACGGAGGAGAAGGUGUGCAUGGUGUGUAAGAAGAAGAUUGGGAACAGUGCAUUUGCGAGAUACCCCAAUGGAGUGGUGGUGCACUACUUCUGUUCCAAAGAGGUGAACCCGGCAGACACCUGAGCCCAGCGUGCCCAGGACUCAGCAGAUGGACAGCUUGGCCAUCCCAGCAUGGGAAAGGAGCACCGGCCUUAGGACUCGGGGGCUGCUGCCACCAGCAAGGUCUCCACAUUUGGACACUACUGGCUACCUUGUGCCCUGGAACAUCUCUGAAUUAAUCUGACUCGUGGUCUGGUGUCGCCGGCUUUUUAAUAGAAAAAGAGAUUAGUUAAUACUUUAUAUGCCAUUAUGUUGCAAGCAGUUCCAGAGAAUGUAAUGCCUGCUUGGACUGGAGGAGGUGGCAGUGGGCGCGCCUUGCCUUUGCAUACCCGUCACCUGAGUAAGGACCAUGUGGAGCUUCUGUAGCCCCAGGCUUGUUACUCAGUUUUCUAUAAGACGUGUGCAGGACUUCCCGGGGAGCCCUGGGCCUGGCUGCCGGAGCCCGCGAGAAGGGAGCAAUUCCAGAGCUCCUCUAGCUGCAAAGGCCGAGUGUCGUCCUAUAGGAAAUGACAGUCCUUGCCCCAUGGGCACCGCACCCCGUGUGCCCCCAGGAGCCUCCCCACUCAUCUCUUUACUUUUCGGUCUCCUUUUCUUUCUGUGUUUUCUCCCUUUAUCUCUCCUCUCACUGUUCUACUCAGGCUUUCUUCCCCAUUUUUCUGACAUUGGGAGUAACUAAUAUUUAAUUAAGGCAAAGAGAAGCAAGAGGAAGCCCAUCUUCUAGGGGUACAUUGAUAACUGACUGUCAGGUGUCUUGUAAAUAGGUCCCCCUGGGACCGUACGCUCUCCCUGGAAGCUUAGGAGAGCAUCGGUCUGGAUGGAGGACAGACCUUGCACACCUCCCUCAGGGCCGAGUGUGACAGCAGCUCUGAGGACGGACAGCACCACACUCGGGGUGUGGCCGUCCCAUCUUCAGGCUGUGGUCUGCAGAGGCCUGGGGCAGUUUGGGUUGGUCCUGCUGGGUGAGUGCUUUAUGCUUGGGAUGCCUUUCUCUUUCCAGCCAGUGCCGUCCACGGACAGCUCCGUUUGGCAGGGGCUGGGGGGCCGCACUAGGAUGACAUUAGGUAGGUGGAUCUCUGCGCACACAGGAAUAACGAGAUCCGGCAGUGACGGUGACGUGAUGCAGGCAUACCUGUGAGUGCUGCGGCCGCAGGAGCAGCAGUGCGUGGGUUUGUACAAUUCCUCACCGCCAAACCCGCUAAGCACUGACUGGUGUGUGGGGGCGGCCUCAAGGCGCACGAGAGUCGAGCACUGCCGGCCGAGGACUGUGGGAGAGAGAGGCCCUGCAUCCUGUCCUCCCGGUGUUUUGCAGGCUUGCAGUCUUGGUGCCUCAAUGUCUUUUUAACAGUAGUGAGGGUGCGUGAGGGCGCCCAACACUGACCCCCGUUAGUGGCCUGGCCUUGACAUGCGGUGCCGUUCUGGGCGUGUGCUGUGGACGGACUUGCUGGUAUUGUGGAGGAGGCUUCCCCCAGGCACGUGCUCCCUGGAGGGUCUGGAGGGACAGCCAGUGCUGCCAACACUCAUUCUUGGAGACGGGAUUCUGCUCACGACCUGGGGGUACGGCAGCAUUCCACGAGAGCCACCGUCCCAGCUGGCCACACCCACCCACAGGAAGCACUGCUGCCCUUGGCCCCAUGAGCACCACGAAACCAAGCUUCCUCCCGGAGCAUCAGUGAAAUCGUCGUGCCGUGGAAACUUUGGCCUGUCGUGUUUGUGUCUUUCAGUCCCCCCUCUACCUGUGUGGUGCGUGUGUUUGAAGCAGUAGAACAAAGGAUGUGUUUCCUGCCCUUGUGGAACACAUAAACGACCCAGCUUCCCAAUGCAGCUUCCUUCCUUAGACUCGGCCCUCAGCGGUGGUAUGGAGGAGGCUGGAGGUGAAAGUCCUGUAGUGAGGACCGAUGAAGGUCUCUCAUAAUAAACAUAAAAUAAGAAACCAA